AUGAGAGUAAUUCUCCUAUUGCUCCUACUUGCUGGUAGCAGUGUAGCGAGCAGCGUUGUUGAAAAAAUUGACAAGGCGCUGAGCGAUAUACCUACGACCCUGAACAGAGCUGAACUUCUGGCUAACUACAAAUUGCUCAAUGCACAUGAAGCGCAAAUCGAAAAGGAACUUGCGCCAACUCCACAACAGCAAGAAAGAUUGCAGAAACUCGAAGCGGAGCUGGCACCAAUAAUACACAAAGACAGCGAAGUUGAAACUAUCGAUAGUGUCAACAGGCAGACGUCAUUAGGAGAGCUUUUGUAUCAAAGUGACAUCAUUUUGAUUACCAUUCUGAGCAAAAUGGAAACACUUUCAGGAAGGGUGCAGAGUAUAUUCCGCAAAGCUGUACGCAACUGGCAAAAGGAUACCUGUAUCUACUUCAUCGAUUACAAGAAUGCGGAACAUAGGAUAGAAGUGGUUUACGAAAAAGGUUGCUCCGGGAUGAUGGGAUGUAUACAUCAAGUGCAGGAAAUAAUUAUGGGUAAAGGAUGCGAACAUCCAGCAGGAGACGGUAAAGUACUGCAAGCUACCACAAAAUGGCAAACGCUCAAGCACAGAGUGGGCUAUAAAGAAGUGAGACUCACUAAUGAAAGAGACGAUUUCAAGUGGGCAUACUUCUGGAUACAGGAUCCCCCAGGUAGACAAAUCGAAGUGAUAUUCAUCGAUUAUGGGGAUCGCGAAGUCACCACUCCAGGAUGCUACUGGGAUGGUGUGGAAAUCAAAACACAAAAAGAUCAACGAAUGACAGGAUAUAGGCAACUUUGA